CUCGGUCACCGGUUAUUUCAGCGCGUGUGAUCCUCCCGAGCUCUGACGUCAUCUCGUGAGGACCCAGCGAUGCCGGGGCGGCAGGAGAACAGACGGACAGACAGGGAGAGGGAGAGAGAAGCCGGACCACGGUCCUUUGAUUUGCUCCGUUUGUUGCUGAGCAUUCUGUGACUGACCACGGCCGGAGCUUAACUAGGGGAGGGGGGAUUCCGAGUCCCAGUCCUGAGAGUGUUUGCUUGUGCGAAAGCCAUGGGGAAGGACUACUACAAGACCCUGGGCAUCCCCAAGGGCUCCAACGAGGAGGAGAUCAAGAAGGCCUACAGACGCAUGGCCCUGCGCUUCCACCCUGACAAGAACAAGGAUGCCAACGCGGAGGAGAAGUUCAAGGAGAUCGCAGAGGCCUACGAGGUGCUCAGCGACCCCAAGAAGAGGGCGGUCUACGAUAAGCUGGGAGAGGAAGGUUUGAAGACCGGAGGCAACAGCUCGUCAGGCGCUCCUGGCAACUCAACACACCACUACACCUUCCACGGAGACCCACAUGCCACCUUCGCCUCCUUCUUUGGCGGCUCCAACCCCUUCGACAUGUUUUUCGGCUCCAACCGCAGCCACAGUCGCUCCAACGGUUUCUCCUUCCACAACGACCACAGCAACGAUGGCGAGCAGGACAUGGACAUGGACGAGGACGACCCCUUCAAUCAUUUUGGAAGGCAGUUUGGCUUUCCUGGAGGGAUGAACAACGGCUUCCACGGGGAGGGCCGCAGGAAGAAGGGGGCGCCGUCAGAGUGCCUGGGGACCGGCGGAAAGCAGCAAGACCCUCCAGUGGUCCAUGAGCUGAAGGUCUCCCUGGAAGAAAUCUUCCACGGCUGCACCAAGCGUAUGAAGAUCACCCGCCGCAGGCUGAACCCAGAUGGGCGGAGCAUGAGGACAGAGGACAAGAUCCUCAAUAUCGUCAUCAAGAAGGGAUGGAAGGAGGGGACCAAGAUCACCUUCCCAAAGGAGGGGGACGAGACCCCUGAGAACAUUCCUGCUGACAUAGCCUUUGUGCUUAAAGACAAAGGUCACAUCCACUUCAAGAGAGACGGUUCCAAUAUAAUUUACAACUGCAAGAUCAGUCUGAAAGAGGCAUUGUGUGGCUGCACUGUUACCAUUCCCACGCUGGACAACCGCAUCAUCUCCCUCCCCUGUCACGACAUCAUCAAGCCGGGGACGGCGAAGCGAGUCAGGGGGGAAGGCUUGCCAUUCCCCAAGAACCCGUUGCAGCGCGGUGACCUCAUCGUGGAGUUUUCCGUCCGUUUCCCCGACAGGAUCCCCCCCCAGUCCCGAGAGAUUAUCAGACAACACCUCCCCCAUUCAUAGGAAGACUCGCCCUCCGACCCCUCCACGAACACGCACUCCAGCCUAAACCCAGAAAAGCAACUUCAUCCACUCCUCUCUUAUAUUUGGAUCCUUAUUUUAGUCAACCGUCCCAUGUCCUGUGGUAAUGCACACGGCAUUGAAGAGACACGGUGGUCCGCAGGGACUUCACAGUGGGCGGACGGAGGGAGAGUGCCAACACAAAUGGAAGUAUCAGGAUGUGAUUAUUUGUGUUUGUUUUGUCUUUUGGCCCAAGCACACCGACACACACACACACACACACACACAAGCGCCCAAGUGGUGGAGCGAGUGCUGAGGACGGGCUCAGCACAAGUGUGUCUUUUACCGAAACGUCUUUUUCCUAACAGUUUUUUACAGAUCGAUCAGUGCUUUUAUAAGCUGUCCAACUCUCCGAUCCUCGUCUUUUGUGAUAGGAUGAGAUCUUUUUUUUGUAAAAGAAACUUUUUUUUUUCCAGCAUUUCCUUUUCCACAGGAGGUUCCAAACAGGAUUAUUUAUUUUGACCUUGAGUGUACAGGCGGCCUCGGUGUGUUCAGUGCCAACCCCAGUUUUACAACAACUCUCCCACUGCCACUUGCUUUUCUCGUGCUUUCAGUCUAAUAAAGCGUUGUGCUCCAAGUCUGUCGGCCGUCUUGCUGUCCACUAUGAUCCGUCUGCCCCACAAUCGGUUGUUGUCAUCACUCCAACUAAUACUAGCAUAUCUCGGCUGCAUUGGAAAAUCUGAGAAUGACAAUCACAUGCUGUUACAGCAGUAUUAACUCGGACAAUACAGUCUGAAAAUAAUAUGGGUGCUUCCCCUUCUGAGCUGCGCGGCCGCUCUGAGCCGAAAUGGCAUGGCUCGAUAUCUGAGGAACAUUCAGGUGUCUUAGCCCUGUGUCACACCACACAUGUGAACACACACGUGCACACAGGUCACACUGUAAUAUGACAGUGAAAUAUAUACAACCAGCCAUGUUAAGUGCACAAACAACAGACGUCUGCCCUAGGCCGUGUUAGACGUGACCAUCGGGAGCUGGUGAUCUUGGGGGAGAAAACAUCAAGUAAGCAAUGAAAAUCAAUCACCGUAUGUUACUGUAUGUAAGAGAGGACGUGUUUGAAGGAGAGCACUGAUACAAGACCGAGGAAUUUUGCCAAUACAUCUGUUAAGUGCCGAACAAGUACAGGUUUGAUUUCCCACCCGGCUCCGUUGUGUAUAUUCUGCUUUUUCUGGUGCUACUGUGAGCAGUGCCAAAAAAUGGACCACCAUGGAGUCCUCGUUUUGUGAUUUGAUAACUGCUUCUGUCCUCUGUAACAUCUGUACAUCUGUUUUUCUCCAAGUAGAAGACCCUGUUUAGGAAGCAGGUUUUGUAAUAUUGCAGCAGUUCUCUGUCUCAGCUGCAGGGGGCUAUGAAUGCUCUCUCUUGCUCUUCCGACUGUACUUCAUAAGAUGUGUAUGAUUAUGGUUAAUGCAGAUAGGCCCUAGUAGGUCAUAUACUGUAUAUCACAUAUUGGGGAAAUGUUUGAAUGCAACAUGUUGAAAAAUGCACUUUUUAUGUCAUAAGAGAUACUGACAUGAGAUGAGAUGAUGGUAGAGACUUGAAUGACUUGUUUGAGUGUGUGAGCGUCCUGCUUCAACCACACGUGCUGCUGCUGAGAGACUCACUGUCACUGCUUAUGUGCAUUUGACAAUAUUUAUGAUCUUUUCAAAAUGGAAACAAAUAAACCAAAUGUGUGAAGUUGA